AUGCGCCGAAGCCGCUUGAGGCGGUGGCUUUGUCCCAGGCGUCCUCGCUUCAUGCGCAGCUCCACUGACCUUGGUGAUGCAGGACCUUCGAAUUUGCCUUCGGAACUGAUAUUUGCUUGUGAAUGCCAACUAGACAAGCAGGAGCCGUGGGAGGUGCUGGAUACUGCCACAGAUCUCUCUGUGCAUUUCUUGGUGGUGUCGUUAACCACCGUGAUUUACCCGUUUGCGCCGCUGCUUUUCUUGGCGCAUUUGCUGGUGGAGUUUCAGAUGGAUCUCUUCCAACUCUUGGAUCGGCGACAGCCUCAACCACGAGCUGGUCAUGGUUUACCCGAGGCGCAGCUGACUGUAGCUGAUGAGUACUAUUCGAUUACUCUUGGAAUCUCAACUGGAUGCCUAUGA